AUGUCCGUACGAUUCGUCAUCCUCAUGGUUCGUGCUGCCGAAUUGGAGAGAACGAUCCAGUGGUAUGAAACUUAUCUUGGUAUGGAAACGAUGAAACGAACACCCACUUCGGCUACCGUGGGUUAUCCCUCGAAGCCGGACUCUGCCGGCAUCGAGUUCCAGGUCCAUGAUAAUCCUGCUGCAACCUACUCUGCUUCCGAUCACGACCUGUACUGGAAGAUCUCAUUGUAUUUGCCGCACGUCAAGCUUGCUUGCCGGAGACUUCUCAGUAUGGGAGUUCCUGUCUCGACCCCCUUUCAGUUCAAGGACAUAGGUUAUCUUGCUCACAUGGAAGAUCCUACGGGCUACAAUAUCGAGCUUAUACAGCAUCAGUUCGAACGCAAUUUCAGUGAAGAGUACGCUGCUUCGUUGAAAGACGACAGGAGUCCGCUCGGACAGCAGACUGGCAUAGGCCUAUUAACGCUCCGAGCGACGAACGCCGAGCGGAGCAAAGAUUUCUACACGAAGGUCUUGGGAAUGAGCCUCCUCUCCUCCCAAUACGUCAGCGAUGCAUUUGACCUGCAUUUCUUCGCCGACACCAUCGAGAAGCCUCCCAACGCCGAUCCGUGGUCGGUUGAUAAUCGUGAGUGGCUGUGGUCUCGUAGCUUUACAUCUGUAGAGCUGCAAGUGAAGCAUGGCAUAGAUCGUUUCAAAGAGAUCCCUAACGACCAACUUGGGUAUCGUGGAUUCGGCGUGAGGGUGAAGGCGCAUAUCUUCGACCGAUUGAAGAAGGAGUGUGGUGCCGGCAUGGACUUGAGAUAUGGCGAGGAAGUGGUCCACAUAACUGACCCUGAUGGUCACUCAAUCAUUGUUUUCGGUCCCGUCCGUUGA